AUGACCAGUCGCAAGCGUCGCUCAGUGGACGCGAGUGCCAAGGCCGCCUCAGCGCCCAAGUCUGCAAAGCUUGCUCGCACCGGUUCGAAAGUCGGGGCACUUCAGCCGAGCAGACGCGGCAGCCGCAGCAGCUCCAAAGAGCGAUUCGUCGAAAGCUCGGCACCCGGUCAGGGUCAAACUCAACCAGAGGCAGCGGCAGGAGAGGAGCAGGCUCAGAGCCGAUUGCGACGAAACCUUCGUCAGACGUCCAGCACCAGAGAGCGAGCAAAAGGGCACUCGUCUCAGGGAAAGGCAGCGUCAGUCCACAUGCCCGCAGCGGAGCAGCACCAGUCCGCUGAUGAGGACUCUAGUUCGUCGGAGCAACUUGCUCAGCGGUCUGGCAAGGAUGCCAUGGCGGUGCUGGUGGGUCUUCGGCGCUCGCGUCGGAGCGGGCAAGCCUCGCAGAGCGCUGCGAAACGAGCUGCUCGUGCCAGUACACGAGCGUUGACCGAACGAACCGCAGAGAAGCAGACAGCCUCAGGAUCUGCUUCGGUAUCGGAAACCAGCAUCGGUACAGAUCAUGAUGCAGGUGACGAUGGUGAUGAUGAUGAUGAUGAUGAUGAUGAGGCAUUCUCGAGUGAAUCGACACUGAAUGCAUCUCGAGCGGAAACAACGGGACGCACAAGCCGUGCCGCACCAUCCGCCAAUGCUCCAGGCGCUGCCCGCUCUACUGCUCCUGCUUCUGGUCCUUGCGAAGGUUCAGUUGCAGAGGACGAGAACGCUGCGUCGAUUGCAGCCCUAUCCGUAGAAGAACGUGCAAAGCAACAGCUCGAGCUAGAGAGAGCAUUAGCACGCGUUCGAGAAGAAGCUGAACUUCUCGUACGCAUAGCGCAAACACUGCCCAGUUUCGCGGUAGAGGACACGGGCGGGCAACCUGUUGUCUCAGCACCGGUGGCUGUCAAUGAGGACGCUGCGGCUGAUGCAGCAGCCGACACUGCCACCGUUCCAAAGACCCAGUCAAAUGAGGGAUCCAUUUCAACUGAUGAGAUGGUACGAGCGAACAGUUGUGAUGGCACAAAUGGCCUCGAGAUGGCUCAACAACAGGUCAUGGAGCUCGUGAAACAAACCAUUGGCGCACUGGCAGCGGAAACCCCCAAGGAAUACGCUGAUUCUUUUGCUUUGGCUCAUAUGUUCAUUGCGGAUCUGGUGGACUUGGAACGACGGCGAUAUGCUUUAGAAAAUCGAAUCCAACGGAACUUUGAACUACAGCAAGCGUAUUUGCACAAGUACGCGCAAGCUCGUUUCCGGGAAGUCGAGCACCAGUACCUGGUGGCGGAGGAGUCGCUUCGAGAGCGCCUGCUGGAAGCAGCGUUUCAACGACAACGACGGUAUCGAAUCGCUUGUCAGCUGGACCGGGAUCCUAUGGUGCUUUUCGGCCAACCGCCGGUUAUGAUUCCACCGGGUUUUGCUGGUGUCCCCUAUCAACUGUUACCCGCACGCCCACGAGGCGCUUCCCCGGCUGCAAUGGGUACGGCUGCGAACCUGACGCCAGAAGAGAGCCUCUUGCUGCUGGAACGUCGUCCAGUGAGUCUGGGUCUGGAGCCUGGCGAGGCUUCCGACGACCUCCGUGAAGUCCAGCGAGCGAUCACCGCCUUGCGUCGUAGAGCUAAGGCGGGCAACGCGCAUGCUGGGCGCGCCCCUGGUGCCUCUGGAAACGAAACCGCUACAGACGGCCAGCUGCUGACCAGCGCCGGUCGAGCACCGAGCGGUCCAACUGGUCGCCAAACGGGCGCUCGGGCUCGCGCCUCUAACCGGCAGUCCACUGGAGCUCGACAUUCGCACGAGCGCAGCAGCAUCGCCGAGACCGGGACCCAGUCGAGCGCGCACCGAGCUCCAGCAGCUGGCACGGCAGCCAUCGGAAACGGUUCGUUGUCUGCUGCCGGUGACUUGGGUAUCGACUGGAAUGACCAGAAACAGCGCUCUCGUCUAGCGGUUGGUCUGGUACAGCGCGACCAACCCGCACACCGCUUGGGAGCACGGCCCGGGAAUGCGACUCGAGAACUGCCGCCGGAGCAGCCGCGGACUGGCGCCGUCGGACGCUCUGCUACUACUACUGUUGCUACUGCUGCUUCUACUACGCCAACGUCCGGACAUGUUGCUGCACCGAAAGCAGCACGAGGCUCGGCAGGCGCACACGACGCUGGUACCUCAUCGGAUGCACGUUCAACGGGGAAGCGUGGUCGACCUCGGAAGCGGCCCCCGCUGGAACCCACUGGUGCUGGUGAUCGUGGCUCCAACGCCGGGGUGCCGCCGCGGCCCAGCACGAACAAGGUACGCAAACCGCCAACAUCGGCCAGGGACAAGAGGCCAGUGCACCCACCACCGGAGCCCGAAAACGACGUAUCGUCGUCUUCGAGUUCUACCGCUGCUCCGCGAUCGAAUGUAGGAACUGUCUCCAGUACGGUACAUCCAGGCUUCGAGCACAACGCUGAACAAGCCGGGCGCUCUCUAGCGUCCUCUCCUGCGAUGACGAGACCGCUGAAAUCGGAAUCUGCACCCAACGAAUCAGCGGCAGACAAAGCGCCAGACUCGUCCGUGGCGAAGAGCGAUACCUCCUCUGGACGAGUCGCAGGUGCUGCUGCCCCGCUGCAGACGCAGCAUGCUUCGACACGCGAAGCGAACCAGUUUGCGGUGGAGGCGGUCGCUCCCGCUCCAGUGCCGGAUAAUGCACCGGAGCGUUCAGCGUCUCCACGUACUCCGCAGGUUUCUGAGCCUCGUGUGAACACCGGUGACGCUGGGCACCCAGGUACAGCGCUGAGCCCUGGAACACCGGAUAUCGCUGCCGCGCAACCUUCAGCGGUAACAGCGGUACCUGCUGACGAAAAGCCGAUCCCUAUGCCUGAGUUUCCCGUCGGCGGUGACCCCGAUGCGUUUGUCUCCCGGGGCACGCUCUUCUAUCGCGGUAUGCAGUUGCACAGAGGCGACCAGGUCGCGGUUCGAGUCCUACCCAAGGGCAGUACCUCGGGGGCUGUCUACGUGGGGCUCGCGAGCGGCUCCCCCGAGGCCCAGGCCGACAACCAGGCCGCACAGGUGUUUCACGGCCCCCUGGUAUCGCUCAAUGUGAAAGAGCUGCAUGUUCGGGACGCUGAGCACCGGGUCUAUGUCACCUGGUUACAGAGCGGACGUGCUGAGCUCGUUCACCUCGCUGGGCAUCAAGCGUAA